AUGCCUAUUGCUAAGGUUCACGCCCGUUCUGUGUACGACUCUCGCGGUAACCCUACCGUUGAGGUCGACAUUGUCACCGAGACUGGCCUCCACCGUGCCAUUGUCCCCUCCGGUGCCUCCACUGGCCAGCACGAGGCUGUUGAGCUCCGUGAUGGUGACAAGACCCACUGGGGUGGCAAGGGUGUCCUCAAGGCCGUGAAGAACGUCAACGAGGUCAUUGGCCCCGCUCUCAUCAAGGAGAACAUUGAUGUCAAGGACCAGGCUAAGGUUGAUGAGUUCCUGAACAAGCUUGACGGCACUCCCAACAAGGCCACCCUUGGUGCCAACGCUAUCCUCGGUGUGAGUCUGGCUGUUGCCAAGGCUGCUGCCGCCGAGAAGGGCGUCCCUCUCUACGCUCACGUCUCCGACCUUGCCGGAACCAAGAAGCCCUACGUCCUUCCCGUCCCCUUCCAGAACGUUCUGAACGGUGGCUCCCACGCCGGUGGCCGUCUGGCUUUCCAGGAGUUCAUGAUUGUCCCUGACUCCGCUCCUUCCUUCACCGAGGCUCUUCGCCAGGGUGCCGAAGUCUACCAGAAGCUCAAGGCUCUCGCCAAGAAGAAGUACGGCCAGUCUGCUGGCAACGUCGGUGACGAGGGUGGUGUUGCUCCCGAUAUUCAGACAGCCGAGGAGGCUCUUGACCUGAUCACCGAGGCUAUCGAGCAGGCCGGCUACACCGGCAAGAUGAACAUCGCCAUGGAUGUUGCCUCCAGCGAGUUCUACAAGAUCGACGCCAAGAAGUACGACCUUGACUUCAAGAACCCCGACAGCGACCCCACCAAGUGGCUCACCUACGAGCAGCUGGCCGACCUUUACAAGUCCCUGGCUACCAAGUACCCCAUUGUCAGCAUUGAGGACCCCUUCGCUGAGGAUGACUGGGAGGCCUGGAGCUACUUCUACAAGACCUCCGACUUCCAGAUUGUCGGUGAUGAUCUGACUGUCACCAACCCCCAGCGCAUCAAGAAGGCCAUCGAGCUCAAGUCUUGCAACGCUCUCCUCCUUAAGGUCAACCAGAUUGGUACCCUGACCGAGUCUAUCCAGGCCGCCAAGGAUUCUUACGCCGACGGCUGGGGUGUCAUGGUCUCUCACCGCUCCGGUGAGACCGAGGAUGUCACCAUCGCUGACAUUGCUGUCGGUCUCCGCGCCGGCCAGAUCAAGACCGGUGCCCCUGCCCGUUCCGAGCGUCUUGCUAAGCUUAACCAGAUCCUCCGUAUUGAGGAGGAGCUUGGUGCCAACGCCAUCUACGCUGGCAGCAACUUCCGCACUUCCGUCAACCUGUAA